AUGAGUACUCCUCUCACCAAACCAACGGCAAGCAAGCCUGCGCAGGGCGUCCCCUUCUACACACCCGCUCAGGAGCCUCCCGCGGGAACAGCCACGGCGCUGGACCCACAAGAUCCGCACAAGAUCCCCACCCUCUUCCAGCCUCUCACCAUCCGCAGCGUCACCCUCGCCAACCGCUUCGUGGUGUCGCCCAUGUGCCAGUACUCGGCCGAUGACGGCCACCUGACCGACUGGCACCUCGUGCACCUGGGCACCCUCAGCGCACGCGGCGCCGCCCUCACCAUUGUCGAGGCCACGGCGGUCCUGCCGAACGGGCGCAUCUCGCCCGAGGACUCGGGCCUGUGGAAGGACAGCCAGAUUGCACCGCUGCGGCGCAUCACGGAUUUUAUCCACUCGCAGGGCCACAAGGCCGGCAUCCAGCUGAGCCAUGCAGGGCGCAAGGCGAGCACGCUGGCGCCGUGGCAUGGCCAGAGGGGCAAGCCUCACGUCGCGGGUGAGGACGUGGGCGGCUGGCCUGACAAUGUGUGGGGGCCCAGCGCGAUUCCCUUCUCGCACACGUAUCCGCAGGUGAAGGAGAUGACGGUCGAGCAGAUCCGGGAGACGGUGGAGGCGUUUGGCGCUGCGGCUAAGAGGGCUGUGGAGGCAGGUUUUGAUGUGAUUGAGAUCCAUGGGGCGCAUGGCUAUCUUCAGACUGCCUUCAUGUCGCCUCUUAGUAAUCAACGGACCGAUGAGUACGGCGGCAGCUUUGAGAACCGCAUUCGUUUCUUGAUCGAGGUCAUCAAGGCCGUCCGGGCUGCUAUCCCAGACACCAUGCCCCUUUUUGUCCGAAUCUCAGCCACCGAGUGGAUGGAGUGGAGCGGAAAGGAGACCUGGGACCUGCCCCAGAGCAUCCAGCUGGCCCACGUGCUCCCCGACCUGGGCGUCGACCUCCUAGACGUCUCGUCUGGCGGAAACGCCGUCGACCAGAAGAUCCAGAUCCACCCGUAUUACCAGGUCAACCUGGCCGGCGAGAUCCGAGCCAGCCUCAAGAAGGCCGGCAAGGACAAGAUGCUCAUUGGUGCCGUGGGCAUGAUCACCGACGCCGAGAUGGCCCGGGACAUCGUGCAGAAUACCUGCUCGUAUGUUGUUGGCGAGGACCCGGAAAUGGGUGAUUGCAAGCACUCGCUGGGCACCUCGGCCGAGGUGCAUGAGGACAAUGCCAAGGCGGACGUGGUCAUCAUCGCGAGGCAGUUCCUCAGGGAGCCUGAGUUUGUGUUGAGGGCGGCUCGGCACCUCGGGGUCCAGGUCAAGUGGCCUAACCAGUACAUGCGCGGAGAGUGGCCAGACUCGCAGAGGAUUUGAUCCAGCACAGAAGUGGAUGAUAAGGUGCUCACAUGCAAGAAUAGAUAUAGAGGUAUACAAGACGGCAUGAUUUCACCUUGUUUCGACAUGUCUGCAGCAGAUGAGUACGCGUGGAAGUUGUGCUUUCAUACGAAACAAGAUAAUUAUGUACUUUAUUCUUUCUCAUGAAUGACUAGAGCAUCGUUGCUUGGCAGACAAUAUUCCAAGCGUACUUG